AUGCUUGGGAGGAGGAGAGGUGGCUCAUCAUCCAAGUCGCAGGAACCCACCAACGCUGGCGCGGCCGUCGCUGCUGACACCGGCCAGGGGGCGGCGACCGGCGUCUCGCAGUUCAUCACGCAGCUCGAUGAGUCUGCCACGAAGAGGCUAAACCACAUGAGUCAGAGGCUGAGGCUGCUUGAGCAGCAGAUGGAAACACUGGAGACCGACGUUGCCAAGGCCAGCAGGGAUUCGUACGAGUAG